AAACGAAACGUCAGGUUUGUUGUCAAACAAAAUUGUGUUUAGGUGGGCAGUUUUUGCAAUAAAUGGAUAAAAAAACGCACAAUCUCUACCUGGAGAAAGAGCGAUGCCUUCAACUAAUCCAAUUAGUUGAAGCCACCCCUUGCCUGUGGGACAGGCGGAAUGCCAUGUACCGAAAUACAUUCCGCCAGGCAGGAGUUUGGGAGGAGAUAGCGGCUAAAAUAGGACAACCCAGCGACUUCUGCCGUAAAAAGUGGAAGUCGCUGCAAGCUUCAUACCGUACAUCGAGGAGCUAUCUGCAAAAAUCGAUGGUGACGGGGAGCGCUGCUUGCUCGGUAGCAAAACCUGUAUGGUUCGCCUAUGAGGCGAUGUCGUUCUUACAGGACUCCUUCGACGCGGGGUCCUCAAUCGACCCGCUUUACCAACCUGAAAAAAAUGGGACCAUUCUACCAGCGAUAGCCACCAUUCUACCACCAACAGCAACCGUUUCACCGCCAGCGACGAACACACCACCGCCAGCGCCGACCACACAACGCCGCAUGAGGGCAAACAAUGUCAAGAGGCGGUGUAAUGAGGCUAACUUUCAGUAUAAUGGGGAAGUUUUGAAAGUGAUGUCUGGGAUGCAAGGAGUAGCAGAAAAGUUGGAGAACCUGCUAUCGCAACCAGAGACAGAGGGUACAAUAUUCGGCACGAUGGCGGCCAAAAAGCUGGACGCCAUGUCCCCUAUCCGCCGCAGAAAACUAAUCCUUCAAUUUGAAAAGCAAUUGUUGGCAGAGGAGGAGUUGCGGCUAUAUGAAAACCAUGGAGUCCGCAUAGAUUAAUGUAUAUAUGUAAAUAUUUUUUUUUCGUUAGUUUUAGUGAUACUUAUGUUUAAUCCUUCCUGUAAAUAUUUCUUCGUUAGUAAUUAAGGUAUGAACUGUUCCUUUCAAUACUUAUGAGAUAAUGAACUAGUGAAAUAUACAAAUGAAGUAAACAAA